AUGUACUACCAAUUACGACGGGGUAGUAGACAGAAAAAUAGUCCUAUAAGAAUAUCGUUUAAAAGAUAUUCGAAGAUAUGGAGACUGAUUAGUGCAAGUUUUAUGAAAACAAUAAAUUUCGCUAUCAGCUUUCCGAUUGUUGUAUUAUUAUUCCUUAUCAUACCAAUCACUCUUGUGUUCAAAUGGAUCGUGUCUUUGGCUCAUCGAAUUGCUUGUCUAGGAGUUUUAGGAAACGUAAUGACAAACGACGAAAUUCGUUGGUUGGGUGGUUCUUGGCGUCAUUCCACUGUCUUCGCAAUUUUCAUUCUUGACAACGAAAUGGAAUUGCAAUUUUUACAACAACUUGUCGUCAGCAAAGUAUUACCGCAGUGUCCACGAUUAAUAGAAAAACCGGUGGUGUUGACAAAUCUUUUUGGGAAUUCGUAUUAUUGGAUGUCUGACCGUAAUUCAUUCGAUAUUAACCAACAUGUGUUCAAAUCGUGUGAAAACACAAUGGAAAAACACGAGCUUCAAAGGUAUAUUGGGCAAUUAGUUUCUGGAGGUUUAUCAAUAGACAAACCACCUUGGGAAUUGCAUUUGUUGUCUCAACGUGACGAAGUGAUGCUGGGAAAACGAGAUGCAGUGGUUGUAUUUCUUGCUCACCGGUGUCUAGCAGAUUGGAUAUCUUUGGCUAAAUUAUUGUGCACUUGUUUGUCAGAUACAAAACCAUACUACCAUACUUCAGAAAAUCCAACCAAAAUGCGAUAUUUGACAAGCGUAGCGAGAACUGUGAUGACUGGGCCUGCAGAAAUAUUAUGGAAAAUGAUUACCCCAAUCAAUGAUAGCGAUAUAGUGACUCCAGAUCCCCUAUCGUUAAACUAUAACAUAAGUUGGUCUUGUUUUCAAGGUGCUCUAUCCAAAGUAAACCGAAUUAAUCAAGUGACUAAUACUCCAAACAGUUAUGUCGUUUUGUCUGCAAUUGCUGGAUCGUUGCACGGUAUGAUGAAAGUUAUUGGACUGCAGCAGUUGGACAACAUGAAUAUUGUUUACCCUGUGCAAACUGGGAACACUGACCACUCAUCACCGGUCCUCAUUCGUUUACCUAUAGGCGUUGAAGGUGCCAUCCCAAGAUUGUGGUUUACAAAGAAAGCAAUGCAAAAUAUGUAUAGAUCGGAUCAAGCUUUAUUGCCAGCAAUAGUUUCUUUAUUGAUGCCACUCCAUUCUUCGGGAACCAGAACACUUCUAUCUGGACUCACUGACAAUUUGGCUUGCCUACAGUUUAGUUGGGUAUCUGGCCCAAGGUCAAGAAUUAUAAUCAAAGGAUCUCCACUAAAAACAGUUUACUCUGUACUGCCCUCUCAAAAAACUAUUGGUGUUUCAGUCUCAGUAUUUACAUACACUGAUGAUAUAUUUAUUAGUGUUAGCGCAGACAGUGCGAUUGGCGAAGGAUUCGGUGAAACUUUAUUGCUCAACAUAAAACGUCAAAUUGACCAGAUGUACGAGCUGUUAAGAUAUAGAAGAAUACCAAAGGAUUUAAAGAGCAGUUUUUUAAUAUCGAAUAAUUUUAAAGAUUUAUCGUCAAUAAAUAUUGAAGGGCUUUUAGGGAAAAUGAAAGAUAUUCAGUUACAACUACAAAUGACUAAAGAACUAGGUGUUUAUAACGACGACGGAAUAAGACACGUAAAUCAGCUAAGAGGCGAGUACUCGGUUUUACUUCGGGAACUCCGCAAAAGGAAACACAAAAAUAAAAGAAAUAUUGUCCAAAAAAUGUUGGGAUGUUCAAAUCCUUUUAAUUCCAAGUUAAGUUGUGAAAAAAAACCAACUAAGGCGGUCCAAGCUACAAGAAAAUUACAAGAAACAACUAAUAUAUUUGUCGCACAAACUGCUCAAGAUUACCGUCCUAAAAUACAUAUUUGUAGGAGUACUGUUUAUGCUAAAGACAAUUUUUUAGGAUUACCUAAAUUACCUAGGGAACAACUGCUCACUCAGAUCUAAAUGGUGUUUCAGUUUUUGAAUUAUUCGAUGUAUAUGAUUGUACAUCUUUUAGUCUGUGCUUCCUUAGCUCAGAUAUUUUUUUCUUAAAUUGAAAGGCUAACUCUUUAAAAGACUUAACUAAUUUACUUUUGACGUUUUUAUUCAUUAUGCUGUACAACAUGUUUUACGUAUUCCUACGAAUGAUUAACAUUUAUUAAUUUAAUAAUGUAUCGUUCACUAAUAAAGAUGUGUAGUUUGUUGUCACAGAUUCCAAUAAAUUGUAUAAUUUUUUGUUUUUAUUAAAUUUGUAAGUGUGCACAUACAAUUUAGAUUAAUCUUUGGUAUAGGUCUAAAGUUGUAAUUAUCGUAUUAAUUAUAUUAUGCUAUCUUGCUAUGUGUGCAUAAAAUGGAAUUAUAUAUAUAUUUUAAAUUUUUAAAUUUUAUGACUUCCACUAUUCUAAGUAGGGUAUUAAGACCAAUCAAACGCAAAUGCUCAGAUCUUGAAUUAUUGUUAUUUAACACCAAUAGUUAAAUUUUAUUUAAAAACUUUUAUCUAAUUUAAUUUUCAAAUAUAAUUUAGAGUAAAUAAUCCACUGUAUAAGGGUACUUUGAUAAUAUAUACUUAUGUUUUGCUUUAGAGAAUUUUUCUAUUUAAAUUAGGUCUCUUGUAUAUUAGAUAUUAUACAAUAUAUAUUGAUAAAAACCAAUUUAUUAUUUUUAAAUUUGGGAAUAUAUUAUUUUGUUAUCUAAUGUUUCCUACUAUAUUAAUUUAAUUAACUGCUCAUUAUUGAUGAGUCAUCGAGAUAAUCAAUCACUAGGUGCGUAAAUAUCUGUAUUAUAGAAAAUUGUGUAAAAUUACAUCUUGUUAUUAAUUAGUUUACUAUUAACUAUGUUUACAUUAGUAUUUAUUUGACAUAAAUUAAGUCUGCACACACAAUGCAAAGUAGUGCAUAGUUUAUAAACAACAUUUGAAGUGUAAAAAUAAAAUCAACUAGUCAAAGUCGAAAAAUUGGGGAUCAAUAUCUAUAAAAUAUUUAUUGUAGUAUAUAAAUGUACUUAUGUACUUAUAUUAGUAUUAAUGUAUCUCUGGAAUGACAUGUUAUAUACUUGUAGUAAAUAUCUAUAAGUGCUUAGUUAAUAACUGAAAAAGAAAAAUAUAGGAAAAAAUGUGAUAUUAUUUUAAAUAUAAUAUAGGUAAUAAUAUAUAAAUCAUAAGCCAUGAGGUCCCUCCACGGACAAACAAUGCAAUACCUAGGUAUAAUUAUGUUUUUUUUAAAUAAUUUUAAUUAUAAUUUACAACUGUUAAAUAUUUAAAUAAAUGUU